UUAUGAUUGAUUCUCUGGCAAUCUUUUAACCCUUCGAAUGUUCUCCACGUUUGGCCGAAAUAUUGAUCACUUCCGGGUAGCGGAUGAAUCGUAUGGGCAAUAUAUUGUUAUGUACGCCUAAAGAAAAGCAUUUUUUUGGAUUGCACGUUACUUGUUACUUUUCAGUUCUUAGUGUACCAUAUUCGAUUAGGGUGUUUGGGUAAAUACGUUUUUAUGGUUAUUAUGAAUUCUAUAGUCUUUCAUAUCCGCAUAUGCUCAAAUAAAACAUGGCACUAUAUCUCCCGUAAUAGUUUCUAGGACAAUAGUAAAAUUAACUAAUUAAAAAUGAAGUCAUCGGGAUGUAGCGCUAUAAUUCUGAUAGUAGUGAUAUCAAAUCUUCAUUUGAAUGCCCAAAGAUCCACAAAGAAGCCGGCAAGGUUGAAGGCAACCAGAGAUCCAAUGACUUGUCCUGAUGAUUGUGCUUUGAAAAGAAGAAUAGGAAAAGUUGAACUUCGAUUUGAAGGUGAUGUUUCGGAAAUUAAGGCAUCCUGUCUUCAAGAAAUUGAUGCCAUUCGGUCACAGUUUUUAGAUCGCAACAUCAGCCGUGUUCAUUUAACAACUCAAUCUGAAACAAAAGAAAAUGUUGAUGGAAAAAUAUCAAGGGCUGUGGCUCAGUUUAAAUUUGUAAUCUCGAAGCAACAAACUAAGCUUGAAAAUGCUUUGAGUCAGGUUGAAAAGUUAUCUGCUUUGCCGUCUCUAGAAGAAGAUUUGUAUGAAAGUAGUCAAAGACAAGUCGAACUGUCUAACACAAUCAACGUGAUGAAUCAAACACUGAUGAUUUUACAACAACAAAACAUUAAUUUACAGCAACAAACCCAGGCCAUUCGCUCACAAAAUACAGUUCUUCGGGCAAGUAAUGAUGAAUUGAGUGAAGAGAACCGACAGUUGAUGGCAGUAGUGAGAUCUAUGAAGUCAAACAGUCGCGAUGGUCUCCGAAUCACAGACGCAGAAGAGAAUAUAUUGAAACAAAUGGCCAAGCUAAAUGCCCUACAAGGGCAAUUUGACUGGCUGUCUGAUCAGCUAAACGUGAUCUCAGACAAAAUGGAUGAAGUCGCACUAGAAGCAGCUAAAGCGGCAGAAACUGCCGGGCGCGCUGAAACUCUUUCUAACAAAGCAAUCUCCGUCGCAAGACGUCAGCCGACAAAUAGUGAUCGGAAGGAGCAGCUAGUUCCAAAGAAUUUACCUCAACCGGAUGAGCCACCAAGCGAUUGCUGGGAAUUAUUUGAAAUGGGAUACAAUAUUUCUGGAAUCUAUCGAGUGAGACCAUAUAGAUCACGAGAGACAUUCCAAGUCUACUGCGAGCAAUCUUACAAUGGUGGAGGAUGGACGCUUAUUCAAAAGCGUCGGGACGGAUCAGUGGAUUUUAAUAGGAAUUGGCAAGCAUAUGCCGAUGGUUUUGGAGAUGUUGAUGGCGAAAUGUACUUGGGGAAUGAUAAAAUAUUUUAUCUAACCAACCAAGAUGUUUACAGGCUCCAAGUUAUAUUACUCGAUUGGGAAGGUCAUCGGGCAUAUGCUGAAUAUGAAGGAUUCCGUGUUCACAGCAAUAACGAUUACUACUCGGCACAGUUAGGACAAUAUACUCGUGGUACAGCGGGGGAUGCAUUUAGAGGUGCAGUGGAUGAUGGCUCCAGAAAUGCGCAUCUUGCUCGAUUUACAACAACUGAUGUUGAUAACGAUAAUUGCAGGCCUUGUUUUGUUGAUAGAGAUGAAUUUGAAAAUUGUGCCGACCUAGAGGGUGGUGGGUGGUGGUUCAGAGCCUGCUCUGAUUCCAAUUUAAACGGAAGAUACAUUCAACCACAAGAUUUCCCUGCUUGCGGAGAUGGAUGUUACGGAAUAACUUGGAGAACAUGGAGAAAUGAUCCGAAUUAUUCUCUUAAAGCCACUAUCAUGAUGAUCAAGCCGUUAGCUGCUACGGAAGAAUCCUAGUUUGGAUAUUUUGUCCUAUUUUGGAUAUUUCAUUACAUCUCACUUGUGGUUUUGAUCUCACUGAAUCUACGUAGUUGGUCAUUUCAAUCAAUUUCUACCAAAUGUACAAAAUCGGCUGGUUGCAGUCAGCACAUUUUUCUAUUAAGGGAGUAUGGUAGUGACACCUGGUUUUUAAUAUGUGAUCAAUCAAAUCAACAACAUAGUCGGUGCAAUAUUAGCAAAAUAAGUUGGUGAGUGCAGUCUUUGUACAAAGUAAGAUGUACUUCGAUAUCUACUCACAGCAAUCACUUUGAAGUCAGAUUUUGCAAAAGCAGUAUGAAGAGAAGUGCAAAUGCUUAUGAAAAUUGUUAUUGUUGUUUUAUUACGGGAAUCUUUAUUACUAUAUAGUAUAUACACAAACCAUUUGUGAUUCAUGAGUUUUGUAGCUUUUUCGCAAAGGUCAAGUCUUCUUCAGACGAGUUUGCCAACAUUACAAGGGUAUCGACCUCUAUUUUCUCAUUUACCCCCUGUCAAAUUUCAAAAGUGAAAUUUAUUUUACACCUAAUUAAUCUCUCCGUAAAAAUAUGAAAAUCUGUGGCGCUGGACUUAACCAUAAAUUAUUAUGCAACAAGGAAGGAACUUUUAAUCUUAAUAUUGGCCAUAUUCAAUGGAGUCAGGAAAUCGCUGACUU